AUGGAUUACAGCUCGCUCAGCGGGGUCCCGCGCUUCCUGACCCGGCCCAAGGCGUUCAUGGUGUCUGUAGGGAAGGAUGCCACCCUGAGCUGCCAGAUCGUUGGAAACCCCAUCCCAGUGGUGAGCUGGGAAAAGGAUAAACUUCCAGUGCAGUCUGGGGGAAGGUUUAAAACCACAGAGGACGGGGAUUUGUACCGGCUAACCAUCUACGACCUGAGCCUGGAGGACAGCGGCCAGUACAUCUGCAGGGCCAAGAACACCAUCGGGGAGGCCUUUGCUGCUGUCAGCAUCAAGGUGGGAGAGGAGACCACAGUCACUGAGUCAGCUCCUUACUUCAUCCAGAAACCUUCCAACAUCAAAGUGACCCUGGGAGAAGAUGCCAUGUUCAAAUGCAAAGUUCAGGGCAGCCCUCCCCUCUCGGUGAACUGGGAGAAGGACGGGAGAUACCUGAGGAACAAAGCAGACGCCGGGCGCUUCCAGAUCGAGUCUGCUGGUGACUCCAACGCUCUCACCAUCCAGUGUGCCCAGCUGGGGGACAGUGGCACCUACACCUGCCGGGCAGAGAACCUCAUCGGCUCCGCCAGCGCCUCGGCCGCGCUGGUGGUGGAAAAGCGCGGCUCUUCCAACCCCGACAGCGGCAAGACGGCAUCCUUGCUGUCCCACCUGCAGAAGAGGCGGGAGGAGAUCAGGAAGAUGGACAUCUCCCACGGGACUCUGGACUCUUCCUCUGCUUACUCGGCGGUGGAGGGGCUGUCCAGCCUGGGCUAUGGCCUGUCCCGGGACUACGAGCGCGCGGCGGGGCUGGCCAAGGGCGCCCGCAACGCCGCGCUCGGGGCGCUGACGCGCACCUGCAGCGUGACCGAGGGCAAGCACGCCAAGCUCAGCUGCUACGUGACGGGAGAGCCCAAGCCCGUGAUCGUGUGGAAGAAGGACAACGAGGUCAUUGUGGAAGGCCGGCGGCACGUCAUCUACGAGGACGACCAGGAGAACUUUGUGCUGAAGAUCCUCUUCUGCAAGCAGACGGACAACGGGCUGUACACCUGCACGGCCUCCAACCUGGCGGGGCAGACCUACAGCUCUGUGCUGGUCACUGUCAAAGAACCCACCAUACCCUUCAAGGCAAAACUGAAGGACCUCGAGGUGAGGGAGAAGGAAUCUGCCACCUUCCAGUGUGAAGUGCCCGUGGCUGGGACAGAGACAGCUUGGUUCAAGGAGGAGACCAAGCUGCAGCAGAGCAAGAAGUACAACAUCGAGGAGGAGGGCACCUACCGCCGGCUCACCGUGCAGAACGUCACCACGGAUGAUGAUGCUGUUUACAUCUGUGAGAUGAAAGAAGGGAGCAGGACCAUUGCAGAGCUCUCUGUCCAAGGGAACAUCAUUAAAAAACUCCCACGGAAAACUGCUGUCUUCAUCAAUGACACUGCCACCUUCUGCGUGGAGCUGGACAACGACUGCCAGAACGUCAGGUGGCUGAAGAACAGAGAGGAAGUCAAACCCAGCGACCGCAUCUCCAUCACCUGCUCUGGCAAACAGCACACCAUGACCAUCCGGGAGUGCAAGGUGGAAGAUGCUGGGGAGAUUGCCUUCCUGGCUGAUGAAAGCAGGACUUCCACCCAGUUCACUGUGACCACUCCCAAAAAACCUCCCACCCAACCCCCAGCUGACCCUGUGGUGAAAAAUAAAACAGAAACCUCAGUGACCCUGGCGUGGUCCCCUCCGAGGAUGGAGCGGCCCAUCCCGGUGGACGGAUACAUCGUGGAGCGCAAGAAACUCACCGGCUUCACCUGGGUGAGGUGCCACGAGUCCCACGUCCCCAGCCCCGAGCUCACAGUGAGCAACCUGGCAGAAGAGGCUGACUACCAGUUCAGAGUGUCUGCUGUCAAUGCCUACGGACAGAGCCCCUACCUGGAGUUCCCUGGGAGCCUGCACCUCGAACCCAUCCUGGCUGUGAAGAACCCCCUGACCACAGCUGAAGUUGCACCCGGAGGUGAUGCCCUGUUCACUGUUGACCUGACCAAGACAUGUUCUGGCACUUGGUACCUGAAUGGCAAAGUCUUACAGGAAAGUGAGACUUACAUCAUCAACAGAACCCAAACCACUCACACCCUGGUCGUAAAAAAUGUCACCAGGAAAGACGACGGGGCAGAAGUGAAAUUUGUUGCCAACGACGUUGAGACCAGCACCAAGAUGAGAGUGAGAGGAGCUGCAGUGAGAUUCACCAACAAGACCAAAGACACAGAAAAAGUCUCAGCUCGGCUGAGGGAAGAAGCCAAACUCCAGGCUGAGCUUUCAGACACAGAGGCCACUGUGAAGUGGAUGAAAGAUGGGAAGGAGCUCAAGGCCAGUGAAAAAUAUGAGUUCCAAAGUGUGGGGAAGAGGCGCAUCCUGAAAAUCCGCAGCGCUGCUGAGGAGGAUGCUGGAGUCUAUGAGUGUGUCUGUGAAGGGGAUAAAAUGGUUUAUCAGCUCUCAGUGAAAGCACUUGCAAACUUUGUAAACAAAGAGAAAACAGGAGGAGUUGUCAGGGCCACUGCUGGGAAACAGGCUGAGCUUGUGUCUGAGACCUCUGAGGCCAACAUCAUGGUGAAGUGGUACAAAGAUGGGAAGGAGAUCACAGCCAGCAAGAAAUUCACCAUGGAAGACAAAGGAAAACUGCACAAGCUUGUGGCUUCGGCUGUGACAAAAGAAGAUGAAGGAACUUACACCUGCAAAAUCGGGGAUGACACCCUUACUUUUGAUCUAAAAGUCUCAGAUGAAGCUGUUACUUUUGUCAACAAGCCCAAAACGACUCCAGAAGUGUCAGUCAGUCCUUCUGAGAGCCUGGAGCUGGUGUGUGAGGUGUCAGCUGCAGGUGGGGCCGUGGUGUGGAGGAAGGAUCAGACCGAGGUGAAGCAGGACCAGAGGACAACAAUCGUCUGCCAGGGGACACAACGCAAGCUCAUCAUCAAGAAGGUGACACAGCAAGACCAAGGCAGCUACACCUGUGAGACAAAGGACGACAGAACAACAUUCCAAGUCAAAGUCAGAGAGACAGAGGCUGUGUUUACAAACAAGGAGAAGGUGCAGAAAGAGGUGAAGGCUGCACUGUCAGAAAAUGCCACUCUGAGCUGCGAGGUGGCCCAGGAGAAAACAGAGGUGAAGUGGUACAAGGAUGGGAAACUCAUCACCUGCAGCAAGAAGUUCAAGGUGGAGUCAGAGGGCAAAUCGCGUCGUCUGGUGGUGGGUGAGGUGGAGAAGAAAGAUGCAGGGGAGUACACCUGUGAGGCUGCAGGCCAAAAACUCACCUUCAGGAUCAAUGUCACAGAAGCAGAGGAUGCAUUUAUCAACAAGGAGAAGGUGCAGAAAGAGGUGAAGGCUGCACUGUCAGAAAAUGCCACUCUGAGCUGUGAGGUGGCCCAGGAGAAAACAGAGGUGAAGUGGUACAAGGAUGGGAAACUCAUCACCUGCAGCAAGAAGUUCAAGGUGGAGUCGGAGGGCAAAUCGCGUCGUCUGGUGGUGGGUGAGGUGGAGAAGAAAGAUGCAGGGGAGUACACCUGUGAGGCUGCAGGCCAAAAACUCACCUUCAGGAUCAAUGUCACAGAGGCAGAAGAUGCAUUUGUCCACAAGGAGAAGGUGCAGAAAGAGGUGAAGGCUGCACUGUCAGAAAAUGCCACUCUGAGCUGUGAGGUGGCCCAGGAGAAAACAGAGGUGAAGUGGUACAAGGAUGGGAAACUCAUCACCUGCAGCAAGAAGUUCAAGGUGGAGUCGGAGGGCAAAUCGCGUCGUCUGGUGGUGGGUGAGGUGGAGAAGAAAGAUGCAGGGGAGUACACCUGUGAGGCUGCAGGCCAAAAACUCACCUUCAGGAUCGAUGUCAAAGAGGCAGAAGAUGCAUUUGUCCACAAGGAGAAGGUGCAGAAAGAGGUGAAGGCUGCACUGUCAGAAAAUGCCACUCUGAGCUGUGAGGUGGCCCGGGAGAAAACAGAGGUGAAGUGGUACAAGGAUGGGAAACUCAUCACUUCCAGCAAGAAGUUCAAGGUGGAGUCGGAGGGCAAAUCGCGUCGUCUGGUGGUGGGUGAGGUGGAGAAGAAAGAUGCAGGGGAGUACACCUGUGAGGCUGCAGGCCAAAAACUCACCUUCAGGAUCGAUGUCCCAGAGCCAGAAGUUGUGUUUACAAACAAGGAGAAGGUGCAGAAAGAGGUGAAGGCUGCACUGUCAGAAAAUGCCACUCUGAGCUGCGAGGUGGCCCAGGAGAAAACAGAGGUGAAGUGGUACAAGGAUGGGAAACUCAUCACCUGCAGCAAGAAGUUCAAGGUGGAGUCGAAGGGCAAAUCGCGUCGUCUGGUGGUGGGUGAGGUGGAGAAGAAAGAUGCAGGGGAGUACACCUGUGAGGCUGCAGGCCAAAAACUCACCUUCAGGAUCGAUGUCACAGAGCCCAAACCUGCAUUUAUAAACCAGGAAAAGGUCCAGAAGGAGGUGAAGGCUGUCCUGACAGAAAGUGCCACCCUCAUGUGUGAGGUAGCACAGGACACAACCGAAGUGAAGUGGUACAAGGAUGGAAAACUGCUCGUGUCCUCUCGGAAAUUCAAAAUCGAGACCUUGGGCAAAUCCCGGCGCCUGGUGGUGGAGCAGCUGGAGAAGAAGGAUGCUGGGGAAUACAUCUGUGAGGCUGCAGGCCAGAGGAUGACCUUCAAACUGGAGCCAACUGAACCAGAGGCUAAAUUUGAAAAGAAAGUUGUCCAGAAAGAACCUCUCAUUGUUCAAGAACACGAAAGCAUCACACUGACAACCUCAGUCACACCUGAAACAGCUGCAGUGAGGUGGUUCAAGGAUGGCACAGAAAUCAAGGCGAGCAAGAAAUGUGUGAUCAAAAGUGAGGGGGCAUCCAGGACGCUGACAGUGAAUGCAGCUGAGAGCACAGACUCUGCCCUCUACACCUGCCAGACAAAGGAUGACAAGCAGGAAUUCAGAGUCCAGGUGAAAGAAAUCCCAGUGAAGUUUGCCAAGAAGCUGGAGGCUGUGAAAGCUGAGCUUGGUGGCAGCGUGUCCCUGAGCUGUGAGCUGAGCCACGCCAAGGGGAAGGUGACGUGGAGCAGGAAUGGUGUGGAGAUCAAGGCCAGCAAGCGUUUCCAGAUCCGUGAGGAGGGAACCAAACGGAGCCUGACCAUAACGGGGAUCCGGGCUGAGGACGAGGGAGAAUAUUCCUGCGAGUCCAGGGAUGACAAGAGCAGCAUCACCAUCGUCCCCAAACCUCCCAGAGUGGUGAAAUUCGUCACAAGUCUCAACAGCGUGGUGACUGAGGAAGGAAAAGAGGCCGUGUUCAAGUGCACCGUCUCCCCCAGUGAUGCCGUGGUCACCUGGCUCAGGAAUGGUGCCAAGAUUGAAGCCAGCAAGAAAUAUGUGAUCUCUCAGAAGGACACCAACCACAGCCUCACCAUCACUGACCUGACACUGGAAGAUGCAGCUGAAAUCACUGCCAAUGCUGAGGGCGUGGAGAGCACAGCCAACCUCAGAGUCAGAGAGGCCUCAAUCUCCUUCAAGAAGAAGCUGGAGCCCAAAACAGUUGAAGAGAGGGAGACAGUGACCUUGGAGGUAGAGCUGACCAAGCCUGCAGAGGUGAAGUGGAUGAGGAACAGCAUUGUGCUGAAGCCCAGUGACAAAAUAGAGAUCAAAGCUGAGGGAACAAAGCACACCUUGGUGGUCAAGGACAUCUCCUUUGCAGACCGGGGCUUCUACUGCUGUGAGAGCCCUGAUGACAAGACCCAAGCCAAGAUCAAUGUGGAAAUGAGGCAGAUCAAGCUGGUGAAAGGCCUCCAGCCCCUGGAGGUGGCUGAGAAAGGGACGGUCACCUUCGAGGUGGAGGUGUCCCACGAGGACGUGGAGGGGACCUGGCAGAAGGAUGGUGUUCGUCUGAAACCUGCACCCAACGUCAGCUUCGGUGUCCUGGGCAAGAAACACUCCCUGACUCUCUCCUCAGUGGCUCUGGAAGAUGCAGGACUCAUCUCCUUCAAAGCAGAGGGCAUUAACUCAUCGGGGAAGCUCACUGUGAAAGAAUUGCCUGUGAGGAUCAGCAAACCCUUGGCAGAUGUCAGUGUAACUCAGAAGCUCAAGGCCACAUUCGAGUGUGAGCUGUCCAAACCCAAUGCCAAUGUGAAGUGGUUCAAGGAUGGGAAGGAGAUCCGGCAAAGUAAAAAUAUUGGGAUAAUCUCCCAAGGAAAUAAGAGAAGCCUCAUUAUUCACAAGUGUGAAUAUGAAGACCAGGGAACCUAUACAUGUCAAGCAGCUGAAGACAAGACAUCAGCUACUCUAAAGGUUCAUGCCCGAGAUGUCAAGAUUGUAAAACCACUGGAAGAUGUGGAAGUGAACGAAUACGAGAGUGCAUCUUUCAUCUGUGAGAUCUCACACGACGAGGUGGAAACCCAGUGGUACAAAAAUGACAACAAGCUGAAGACUUCGGACAACAUCAAAAUGCGGCAGGAUGGAAAGACCUAUUCCCUGACGUACGCACGUGUCCAGGUUGAGGAUGCGGCUGAGAUCAAAUUCGUAGCAGAAAAGGCAGAAUCUCGUGCUCAGCUGACUGUAAAAGAGCUGCCCGUGAGAAUCGUGAAGCCCUUGCGGGAUAAGAUCGCCCUGUGGAAGCACAGGGGGGUGCUGGAGUGCCAGGUGUCCCGAGCCAAUGCCAAGGUCAGGUGGUUCAAAAAGGACGUGGAAAUUCACCCGGGUGUGAAAUACGAGAUCGUGAGCGAGGGCGUCUAUCGGAAACUCGUCAUCAACGACGCCGACUACGAGGAUGAGGACACGUACACCUGUGAUGCCUUCGAUGACAAAACCAGUGCUAAUUUCUUUGUUGAAGAGCAAGCCAUUAAUAUUGUAAAAGAAUUGUGUGAUGAGGACGUGACUGAGCCUGAAGAAGCCAAUUUUGAAUGUGAGACAUCCAUUCCAUCUGUGAAACCUGCCAAGUGGUUCCUGAAGGGAGCAGCCUUGCAGGCUGGCAGAAACAUCAUCAUGCAGCAGGAAGGCACCCUCCACAGGCUGACAAUAAUAAAAACAAGUGUUGAUAUGACAGGCACCAUCCAGUUCUCCAUUGGCAAAUCCAAAUCCACAGCGAACCUGCUCGUCAGAGAUUACCACAUCCAGAUCACCAGGAAGCUGGAGGACAAGACCGUCCUGGAGCGACACUCGGUCAUCCUGUCCUGUGACUUUAGGCCUUCCCCAAAGCACGUCAAGUGGUUCAAGGGCCAAGUGCUCAUUGAGCCCUCGGAGAAGUACAAAAUCAAGAGGGACCAGUACUCAGCAGAGCUGAAGAUCAUGAAGGUGAAGCCCGAGGAUGCUGGUGUGUACAAGUGCAGGGCUGGCAUCGCCGAGACCGAAGCCACGCUGAGCGUUGAAGCCCGCAAUGUAGAGGUCCUGAAGCACCUGCAGGACGUGGAGAUUGAGGAGGACAGCUCUGCUGUGUUCUCCUGCGAGCUGUCCCACGACGACGAGGAUGUGGAGUGGUUCCUCAAUGGCACCCUCCUCUACACCAACAACUUCAACGACAUCAAGAACGUGGGCAAGUGCUACAUGCUGACCAUGAAGCAGGUGAAGCCCGAGGAUGCUGGCACGGUGACAAUGAAGUCUGACAAGGUGUCGGAGACCGUGCGGCUGAAGGUGAUAGAGAAACCUGCUGUCUUCAUGAAAUCCCUGGAUGAUGUUUUCGGUGAGGAGCGCGGAGUGAUCAAACUGGAAUGUGAAGUCUCCAAAGAGAAGGUCAAACCUGUUUGGAAAAAGGAUGGUGUGAAGAUCACUUCCAGCAAGAAGUAUGAGGAGAUACAGUCUGGCAAGACCCUGUGCCUCCUUAUCCAUGACCUGGAAAAGACAGAUGCAGGGUUAUACACCUGUGACAUCGGCACUGAUGUUGCCAAAUCAAAGGUCAGCGUUCAGGAGCUGAACAUUGGCAUCACCAAAAGGCUCAAGAACACUGAAAUCCAGGAGGGAGAAGAUUGCACUUUUGAGUGCAUUUUGUCCCAUGAAAGCAUUGAUGACUUCAACUGGACCCUGAAUGGGAGAAAAGUGGAAAGUGGGGGAAGAUUUAAAGCCUCCAAUGCAGGUCGGAAAUACACACUGAGUAUCAAAAAUGUCAUUCCUGGUGACACUGGGGAAGUCAUCUUCACUGCCCGUGGUCUCACCUCCAAGGCUUCCCUGCUUGUGAAAGAAAAACCUACUGAGGUUGCAAAACAGCUGGAAGAUAAAACAUCACCAGCAGGGCAGGACAUCAGCCUGAGCUGUGAGUUGUCCAAAGCUGAUGUGACCAUCAGGUGGUACAAGGAUGGCAAAGCAAUCAGGAAAAGCCAGAAGUACGACCUGCAGCAAGAGGGGACACGAGCCACUCUCAUCAUCCGAGACUCCACGGUCAAGGACAGUGGGGAAUACACCUGUGAGACUGAGACCUCCAAAACAACAGCCAGGGUCACAGUGCAAGAAAAACCUAAUUAUUUUGUCAAGGAACUCUCAGACCUGAAAGUGGAUGAGAGUGGAACUGCAGUUUUUGUGUGCCAGAGUGAGAGAGCUGCAUCCUCUGUGGUCUGGAGGAAAGGCAUCGCUGAGCUCAGGGCUGGCAGGAAAUACGAGAUGACACAGAAAGGACAAGUCCUCCAGCUGACCAUAAAGAACCUGGAGAAAAGUGACAGUGACACUUACAGCUGUGACAUUGGGGAUGCCCAGUCCAGAGCCAAGCUAACUGUGCAAGGCCAGAAAGUGCUAAUUACAGAAGACCUGGAGGAUGUCACUGUGUUAGAAGGAGAAUCUGCCAUGUUCAAGUGCAGAAUCUCUCCCGUAGACUAUAGCAGAGUGCAGUGGUUUUUGGAUAAAACCCCACUCCAUACCAAUGAACUUAAUGAGAUCCAGUCCCAGCCUGGUGGAUAUCACCUGCUGACGCUGAGAAAGCUCUCCCUGAAGGACUCGGGGCUCAUUACAUUUGAAGCUGGUGAUAAGAAAACAUCUGCCAGUUUGGUUGUUAAAGAAACACCAGUUCUCUUCAAGCAAGAGCUCCAAAAUGAAGAAGCCAAGGAAGGAAAGCAGGUCAGGCUGACCUGUGAGCUCAGCAAACCUGGCACCCCAGUGAAGUGGAUGAAGGGAGACAUGGUUCUCUAUGCCAGUGAGAAGUAUGAAUUUAAGCAGCAUGGGACUGUGGCAGAGCUCAUAAUUCGAGAUGUGAAAUCUGUAGAUGCUGGGGACUACACCUGCAGUGCUGGGGAACUGAAAACCACUGCUCGGGUCAAAGUGAAUGCUGUGCCUGUGCUUUUCAAACAAGCCCUGGAGAACACAGCUGUGGAAGAAGGGAAAUCCAUCUCCUUGCGCUGUGAACUCACAAAAGCUGAUGCCACCACCGUGGUGUGGAAGAAGGGAGAAGCCACGCUCCAGGCAAGUGCCAAAUAUGAAAUGAAGCAGAAGGGGACAGUGGCAGAGCUGGUGAUUCAUAAUGCAGAGCCAGAAGAUGCGGGAAGAUACACCUGUGACACUGGAGACCAGCAGACCACAGCCCAAGUCAAAAUCCAUGCUGCACCCGUGCUCUUCAAGGAAGAGCUGAAGCCCGUGGAAGCUGUGGAAGGUGGGACAGCCACCCUGAGGUGCCAGCUGGGCACAGAGGCCCCCGUGGAGUGGAGGAAGGGGCAAGCUCUUCUCCGUGCCAGUCACAAGUACAAGAUGAGGCAGGAGGGCCCCGUGGCUGAGCUGCUGAUCCACGACGUGGAGCCGAAGGAUGCUGGAGACUACUCAUGUCUAGUGGGGAACCAAAAAACCACAGCAGCUUUGUCAGUGAAUGCCCUGCCAGUCCGUUUCAAGCAAGAGCUGAGGAAUGAGGAGGCCACGGAGAGCGGGACAGCGACGCUGCAGUGCGAGCUGAGCGGGCCGGGCGGCUCCGUGCGCUGGAGGAAGGACGGGAAGGAGCUGGUCCCCAGCGGGAAGUACCAAACACGGCAGGAAGGGCGCUUUGUCGAGCUGGUGAUCCAAGACCUCGACCUGACGGAUGCUGGGAGCUACACCUGUGUGUGUGGAGAGCAGGAGAGCACAGCUGCUUUGAGAGUGAAUGCCUUGCCUAUCCUCUUCCAAGAAGAACUGAUGGAGAAGGAAGCUACAGAGGGAGAGGCAGUCACUUUGCACUGCAAACUGAGCAAACCAGCCCCAGUUGAGUGGAAAAAGGGGAAUAUGGUGCUCAAGCCGAGUGAAAAGUACAAAAUAGAGCAGGAAGGUCCCUUUGUGGAGCUGACAAUCCAGGAUCUGGAUUUGGCAGAUGCUGGGGAUUACAGCUGUGUGUGUGGAGACCGACAGACUACGGCUGCUCUGGCAGUAAAUGUCCUGCCCGCUCUUUUCACCAAGGGACUCGUGGACAAAGAAGCCACUGAGGGUAAAAGUGUCUCCCUGAGCUGUGAGCUGAACAAGGCUGCUGCUAACGUGGAGUGGAAGAAGGGCUUCAAGACCCUCAAGCCGAGUGACAAAUACAAAAUGAGGCGGGAAGGUGUCGUGGCUGAGCUUACAAUCCAAAACCUAGACACGGCGGAUGCUGGGAAUUAUUCCUGUGUGUGUGGGGACCAGCAGACCAUGGCAGUGUUAACAGUUCAUGCUUUGCCUGCAUUUUUCAAGGAAGGGUUGAAGAACAGGGAAGCCACAGACGGUGCCACAGCCACUCUGCGCUGCGAGCUGAGCAAGGUGGGCGUCCCGGUGGAGUGGAAGAAAGGGGACAAGGCACUCAAACCAAGUGAAAAGUACAGGAUGAGACAGGAAGAUACAGCUGCAGAGCUGCUGAUCCGAGAUCUGGAGGUGGAAGACACAGGAGAAUACACCUGUGUGUGUGGAGACCAGAAGACCUCGGCUGUCUUGACAGUCCACGCUCUGCCUGCACUGUUCAAAAGAGAUCUUGUCAAUGUGGAAGGCACAGAAAACAGGACGGCUGUUCUGCAGUGUGAGCUGAGCAAACCCGCCCCAGUGGAGUGGAGGAGGGGGCAGGAGGUGCUCAGGGCCAGUGAAAAAUACAAAAUGAGGCUGAAGGACACCACUGCUGAGCUGACAAUCCACAGCCUGGAGGAGGGAGAUGCAGGAGAUUACACCUGUGUGUGUGGAGACAGGACAACCACAGCUUCCCUCACAGUCCAUGCCCUCCCUCCUCACUUUAAGAAAGAGCUGAAGAACGUGGAAGGCACAGAAAAUGGCACGGCCACUUUCUGCUGUGAGCUGAGCAAAGCUGGAGCUGCAGUGGCCUGGAGGAAAGGAGACAAAACCCUGGGGACAAGUGACAAGUUCACCAUGAGGUGCCAGGGCACGGUGGCUGAGCUGGUGAUCCAUGAUUUAGUCCUGGCAGAUGCUGGAGAUUACACGUGCUCUUGUGGAGAGCAGGAAACCACGGCUGCGCUCAAAGUGAAUGCCCUGCCUGUGCACUUCCAGGAGGAGCUGAGGGAUGAGGAAGCCACAGAAGGUGCAACAGCCACCCUGCAGUGCGAGCUGUCCAGGGCUGCCCCCGUGGAGUGGAGAAAGAAGCACAAAGUGCUCAAACCCAGUGGAAAAUACACAAUGAGGCAGGAGGGCAGCAGAGCCCAGCUGCUGAUCCAUGCCCUGGAGCUCAGGGAUGCUGGGGAGUACACCUGUGUGUGUGGAGAGGAGAAGACAACAGCAGCACUGACAGUGCACGCCCUUCCUGCUCUGUUCAAAGAGGAGUUAAGAGAUGAGGAGGCCAAGGAGGGUGAAGCAGUGACUCUGCACUGUGAGCUGACCAAACCUGCCCCAGUGGAGUGGAGAAAGGGACACACAGCCCUCAAACCAAGCGAGAAAUACAAAAUGAGGCAGAAGGAUGUCACUGCAGAGCUGGUGAUCCACAGCCUGACCCAGAGUGAUGCUGGGCACUACACCUGUGUGUGUGGGGAGGAGCAGUCCACAGCUUCCCUGGCAGUACAUGUGCUGCCUGCAGGCAUCCAGGAGAGCCUGAGGGACGAGGAGGUGACCGAGGGUCAAGCGGCCACUCUGAGGUGUGAGCUGACCAAAGCUGCCCCCGUGGAGUGGAGGAAGGGCAGCACUUUGCUCAGAGCCAGUGACAAGUACAAAAUGAGGCAGGAGGGCACGGUCAGGAAGCUGCUUAUCCAGGAUGUGGAAUUGAAAGAUGCUGGAGAGUACACGUGUGUGUGUGGAGAGCAGGAGACAACAGCGGCCUUGAUAGUGCAUGCCCUGCCAGCCCUUUUCAAAGAAGACCUGAAGGACCUGCAAGGCACGGAAAGCCAAACAGCCACUCUGCGCUGUGAGCUGAGCAAGGCUGCAGCUGUGGCGUGGAAGAAAGGGAACAAAAUACUCAGGGCAAGUGAAAAAUACAUCAUGAGGCAGGAGGGUACCCUGGCAGAGCUGGAAAUCUGUGACCUAGAGCUGCAGGAUGCAGGAGAUUACACCUGUGUGUGUGGGGAGCAGCACAGCACGGCCUCUCUGACUGUGAAGGCCCUGCCAGUGCUUUUCAGGGAAGAGCUGAAGGAUGAAGAAGCCCAAGAAGGAGCAUCAGUGACUCUGAGAUGUGAAUUAACCAAAGGAGCUCCUGUGCAGUGGAAAAUAGGGCCCAAAGUGCUCAAAGCAAGUGACAAAUACCAAAUGAGACAGUCUGGCACCACUGCAGAGCUGGUCAUUUGUGACCUAGAAGUAAAAGAUGCUGGAGAUUACACCUGUGUGUGUGGUGACCAGAAGACAACAGCAACCUUAACAGUUCAUGCUCUGCCACUGCUCUUUAAGGAGGAGCUGAAGGACCAGGAAGCAGAAGAAGGUGGAGAAGUGUCCCUGCUCUGUGAGCUCUCCAAGGCUGCUCCAGUGGAGUGGCAGAAGGACCAGAGGAUCCUCAAACCGAGUGGGAAAUACAAAAUGAGGCAGGAGGGGCUCAAGGCAGAGCUGGUGAUCCAUGAAAUAGCUGAGGAGGAUGCAGGACACUACACCUGUGUGUGUGGAGAGCACCAGACCACAGCUGUCGUGACAGUACAGGCUGUGCCUCCGUUUUUCCAAGAAGAAAUGACCAGCCAGGAAGGAGUAGAAGGUGGAACAGCCACUCUGCACUGUGAGCUGAGCAAAGCCCCUGCCUGUGUGCAGUGGAGGAAGGGCCAGCACAUCCUCACCUCGGGCUCCAAGUACAGCAUGAGGCAGGAGGGACGUGCUGUGGAGCUGCUGGUCCAUGGGCUGGACCUGAGUGACAGUGGGGACUAUUCCUGUGUGUGUGGAGACCAGACCAGCACAGCUGCAUUAACAGUUCAUGUGCUGCCUCCAGAAUUCAAGAGAGAGCUGAAGGACCUGGAAGCUGUGGAAAAUGGCACAGCUGCUCUGCAGUGUGAGCUGACAAAACCUGCUGAGGUGGAGUGGAAGAAAGGGCAGGAGGUGCUCAAAGAGAGCAGAAAACAUGAAAUGAGUCAGGAUGGUGCUGUUGCAAAGCUGAUUAUCCACGAGCUGGAGGAGGAGGAUGCUGGAGUUUACACCUGUGUGUGUGGAGAUCAGCAGACAACUGCCACGCUGACAGUCAAUGCCCUACCAGCCCUUUUUAAACAAGAGCUUCAAGACACCGAGGCAGAAGAAGGUGGCACAGUGACCCUGAGGUGUGAGCUCACCAAAGCCAAGGCUCCAGUGGAGUGGAGGAAAGGGGAUGCCACUCUCUACCCUGGUCUGAAAUACGAGCUGAGGCAGCAGGGCUGUGCUGCUGAGUUGGUCAUUCAUGACCUGGAAGUGGAAGAUUCAGGAGUUUACACCUGUGACUCUGGACACCAGAGGACAACAGCUGUGCUGGCCGUGCACGCACUGCCCAUCACGUUUAAGCAACCUUUACAAAACGAGGAGUUUGAGGAAGGAAGCACAGCCACGUUCUGCUGUGAGCUGUCGAAAGCUGGUGCUGCAGUGGAAUGGAGGAAAGGAGGCGUGGGGCUGCAGCCCAGCCAGAAAUAUGAAAUGAGGCAGAGGGGAUGCCUGGUAGAGCUCUUGAUUCACAACCUCAGGUUAGAAGACACAGGAGAAUACAGCUGUGACACGGGGGAUCAGGAAACCAGGGCAGCUCUGAACGUGAAAGCUCUGCCAGUUCUUUUCCAAAAGCAGCUCAGAGAUGAGGAGGCAGAAGAAGGAGCCACGGUGAAAUUCCAGUGUGAGCUGACAAAGGAUAACGCGGCCGUGGAGUGGAGGAAAGGCACCAUGGAGCUCUUCCCGUGUGCCAAAUAUCAAAUUAAAUUAAGUGGGCGCAGAGCUGAGCUUGUGAUCCACAAUGUAGAGCCAGAGGAUGCCUCUGAUUACACUUGUGACACAGGAGACCAGCAGAGCACUGCAGUCCUCAGAGUGAAUGCCAUCAAACCCCAGCUGAAGCAGCAGCUGAGGAACGAGGAAGUGGAAGUGGGAGGAACAGCCAGGCUGCGCUGCGAGGUUUCCAUCAGCAAAGCAGAGGUGGAGUGGAGGAAGGAUGGAGUCCAGCUGCACCCCAGCUCCAAGUAUGAAAUGUGGCAGGAUGGGACCCUCCGGGAGCUCCGUGUUCACCACCUGCAGCCUGGGGAUGCUGGGGAAUAUUCCUGCAAGGCUGGAGACCAGACGAGCUCUGCCAAACUCACCGUGAAAGAGCCCGAUGUGACCAUUGUGAGUGGCCUCAAGGACACGGUGGUGGCCGAAGGGGACGAUGUCACCUUCAGGUGCCAGGUGUCCCACGAGAACGCCAGGGAUGUCGAGUGGAAGCUGCAGGAUGUGGCUCUGCAGAACAACGAGAUGAACGAGAUCUCAGUGGAAAGGGGCAAGAUCCACACCCUGACCCUGAGGAAGGUGACAGAGCAGGACAUUGGCACCGUCACCUUCCGGGUGGGACCCCACACGUCCACAGCAGAGCUGACAGUGAAAGUGCCACCUCCAGUCUUUAAGGAGAAACUGCAGAGCAGGGAAGGGCAGGAGGAGGACACAGCUGUCCUCUGCUGCCAGCUCUCCCAGCCCAGUGCUGAGGUGAAAUGGGAAAUGGGCCCUCAGGUGAUCUCUCCAAGUAUGAAAUUUUUCAUUUCAGCCAUGAGGACUGAUAAAUCAGCCCAUACUUUAAAGAUCUAUCACUAAAAACCAGAGGGCUCUGGCAAAUACACCUGUGAUAACAGAAAUGAACAAACAACAGCCACUUUGACUGUUAAAGCUUCUCCAGUCACCUUCACACAACCACUCCAGAACCAGCAAGCUGAGGAGGGUGGCACUGUCACUCUGAGCUGUGAGGUCUCCAAACCCAACACCCCUGUGCAGUGGAAGAAGGGGGGGACAGUGCUGCGAGCCAGUGACAAAUACAGGAUGCGCCAGGACGGGGCCGUGGCUGAGCUGACCAUCCACAACCUGAGUGAAGCUGAUGCUGGGGACUACACCUGUGACACAGGGGACCAGCAAACCACGGCAGCAGUGCAGCUGAAAGAAGCAGCAGCCACCAUCGUGGAGGGGCUGAAGGACGUGGCCACCUACGAAGGAGAAGACGCGGUGUUCGAGUGCAGGCUGUCCCGGGAAACAGCUCAGGAUGCCCAGUGGUUCCUGGGGGAUGUUCCCCUGCAAUCCAACGAAAUGAAUGAGAUCAGAGUGCAAGGGACACGUCACAGCUUGAUCUUGAGGAAAGUGACCCUGGAGGACUGUGGGUCCAUCAGUUUCAAAGUGGGGCAGCAUUCGUCAGCAGCGCAGCUGAAGGUGGAAGCUGCCCCAGUCACCUUCGUGAAGGCUCUGCACAACCUGGAGCUGCAGGAGGGUGGCACUGCCCACCUGUCCUGUGAGCUGUCCAAGCCUGAUGUCCCUGUGGAGUGGAAGAAGGGCACGUCUGUGAUCCAGUCCAGCCACAAGUGCAGCAUCCAGCAGGAGGGGAAGGUGCACACGCUGCUCAUCCAUGACCUGAACCGCGCCGACUCCGGGGAGUACAGCUGCCACACGGCCGCUGGCAAGACCACGGCCAGACUGGAGGUCAAAGGCCUGCCCGUGCUGUUCCAGCAGUGGCUGAGGAACGAGGAGGUGGAGGAAGGGCGCACGGCCGCUCUGCGCUGCGAGCUGACGCGGCCGCCCGCGCGCCUGCAGUGGCGCAAAGGGGACACGGUGCUGCAGCCCGGGGACAAGUACGAGAUGCGCCUGGAGGGGACACGAGCUGAGCUCCUCAUCUACGGGGCCGAGGCUCAGGAUGCUGGAGAAUACACCUGUGACUCGGGGGAUCAGCAGACCACGGCUUCGCUGCAGGUCAAAGUACUGCCAGUGCUGUUUAACAAAGAGCUGAAAAACGUAGAGGCUGAAGAAGGGGGAACAGCAGUUUUGCACUGUGAGAUCUCCAAGCCGGAUGCUCCCGUUGAGUGGAGGAAAGGAGGGGUGGUCAUUCAGCCCAGUGACAAGUACGAGCUGAAGCUGAAGGGCAGCGUGGCUGAGCUGAUCAUCCAUGGUGUAGAAGCUGAUGACUGUGGGGAUUAUACCUGCAGCACUGGAUACGAGAUCACCACAGGGUCUGUGUAUGUGCAAGAAGAAGCAGCAGUGAUAGUGUCUGGUCUGAGGAGCACAGACGUCUUUGUGGGCGAGUCAGCCACGUUCACCUGCGAGCUCUCGCACCCGGGCGUGAGGAACGUGCAGUGGUGGCUGGAUGGGACCCCCCUCCACAACAACCUGGUGACUGAGAUCUCUGAGCAGGACGGCAGGAUCCACACUUUAACCCUCAAUGACGUGGCGUGCCACGACUCGGGCACUGUCACCUUCAGAGCUGGCUCCCUUAUAUCCUCAGCUAAAUUAUUAGUCAAAGAUCCCACCAUUGAAGUGGUCAGUCCCAUGCAGGACAUAACUGUUGAUGAAGAUGGCCCAGCAGAGUUCAUAUGCCAAUAUUCUAGGCCAGUGCACGCCAUCUGGAAGAAAAAUGAUCAGGAAAUACAUGCAGAUGGGCAGCGAGUGAUUAUCGAUCAGGACUGGAAUGUGAGCAUGCUAAAAAUUAACCCCACGGUCCCAGAAGACACUGGCAUCUAUUCUUGUGAAGCUGAAGGCAUUAAAGUGAUGGCUACACUUGAUGUUCAAGCCAAGAACAGCAUUGUCCAGGGCUUGGAGAACGUGGAGGCUGUGGAAGGAGGGGAAGCCCUGUUUGAGUGUUACCUCUCCAAGCCUGAGACCUACAAUUACAACUGGCUGAUUGAUGAUGAACCUGCCAAGACCACAGAAAACACUGAGAUGGUUUACUUUGAAAAUGGACUCAGGCAUCUCCUGCUGCUGAAGAAUUUGACUCCCCAGGACAGCUGCAGGGUGACUUUCAUGUGCAGCGAUGCAGUGACCUCAGCCUUCCUCACAGUGAAAGGGUGGCGCCUGCAGUUCCUGCAGCCCCUCACGGAUGUGGAAGUGUCUCUGGGGGAAAAAGCAACAUUUAGCUGUGUCCUGAGUGAAGCUGUGCCAGUUCAUGAAGUGGCCUGGUACAGUAAUGACAUAGAGAUCCAGUCGGGGGAGGACUGGGAGGUACAAGCAGAUGGAAACAAAUACAAACUUAUUCUGAAAAAAGCCCAACUGCAUCAUUCUGGAGAGGUGACCUUUGCUUCCAGGGAGGCCAUUUCAUCAGCCAAGCUUUCUGUGAUUGCCCUCCCCGAGCCACCCGAAGCGCCACAAGUUCUGAGUCAGAGCAGCCACUCCGUCACCCUGUCCUGGCACAAGCCGCUGGGUGACGGCGGCCAGCACAUCCUGGGCUACAAGGUGGAGAGGAAAAUCCCAGGAGUUGGCUGGCAGUCCUGCAGUGAGGGCCUCGUCCCAAACACGGAGCUGACGGUGGAUGGCCUCACCCCGGGGGAGCCCUACAGAUUCCGAGUGUCGGCCGUGAACAAAGCGGGGGCCAGCGAGGCGCUGCACUUCCCCCAGACCGUGCGGUUAGAGCCUCCAGUUACCAUCACCCAACCUUUGGUGGGAGGAUCUGUCUCGGAAGGGGGGGUGGCUCGCCUGGAGUGCACAUUAUCAAGUAAAACUGAGGAGAAAGUGACUUGGUUCAAGGGAAAAGAGCAAAUAAAAGCUGGAGGGAGAUACGAGAUCCUCUCUGAUGGAACGAAGCAGAUUCUCAUUAUCCGUGGAUUUAAGCCUGAGGAUCAGGACAGCUACACCUGCAUGGCUUCUCCAGAAGUCAAAUCUGUUGCCAGCCUGUGUCUUGAAGUUCCCACAGUGUCGAUGCUGAAGGAGAUUGCCAGGGAAGCUCCCCCUGCCAGCCGGGCUGAGGAGCAGGUGGAUGGACACAUCCAGCCCAGCCUGCCUCCUGAGGCUGCCCAGGAGGGAGAUCUGCACCUCCUGUGGGAAGCCCUGGCCAAGAAGCGCCGUAUGAGCCGGGAGCCCACCUUGGAUUCCAUCAGCGAGGUGCCCGAGGAGGAUGAGAAGCUUCAGAAGCUGAGGAAGGAGGAAGCAGAGAUGUCUCACUACUACUCGGAGGAGUACUCCACGUGUGACGAGCUGGCCAGGACAGGAGAGGCAGAUUUCUCUUUCACAAGCUCUGAUGACGAGUCUAGAGCUGGGACUCCUUCCCUAGUGAACUACCUCAAGAAAGCUGGGAAGAAGAGCACCAGCAUUACCAGCAAGGUUCAGUCCACCUCCACAGCAAAGCUAUGGAAACAGUGGGAGACAUCCACUGUGGAGACCACCGUGGCCACCACGGCUGCUCAGCCAGCUGAACCAGAGCUACCAGAUUUAGACGAUCCCUCCAUGAACAAGGCGGCUGUGAAGAUCCAAGCCGCUUUCAAAGGCUACAAAGUCAGAAAAGAGAUCAAGCAACAAGAGUGCCCGGUGUUCACUGAGACCUUCAAAGAUUUCUCUGGAGAGCCUGGAAGCACCCUGCACCUGGAGUGUGUGGCCCACAGCAAAACCGACAUGAACGUCCGCUGGCUGAAAGACGGCAAGGAGCUCUCGGAUGGUCGCUACUACCACAUAGACAGCUACAGCGAUGGCACCUGCUCCUUGAUAAUCGCCGGCCUGGACAGGAAGGAUGCAGGUAAAUACACCUGUGAGGCAUCCAAUAAGUUUGGCAAGGUCUCACACAGCGCUAAGGUGGUGGUUGGCGCUCAGGAAGCUCAAGCUCUUGCUAAGGAGAAGAGGAGUAAGCAGAGCACCGACAGCGAGACGGAGAGCUCGUCCGGCAGCGAGCUGGAUGACGCUUUCCGAAAAGCAGGAAGGAGACUCCACAGACUCUUCAGGGCCAAGAUCUCCACGGAGAUCUCUGAUGUGGAGGAAGAGCUCUUUGUCAGCGCAGACGAAGGGGACAUAGACGUGGUUGACCACCAGACGUACCGUGAGGAUGACCAGUACAUCUACAUCAAGUUUGAAGUCAUGUCCGAGGCCAAAACGGCCGCCACAAGGUUCAGAGAGAUGUUUGGCGCUCUGGGAAUUCCAGUGGAGAUCGACAUCUUGGAACAAGGCCCGAAAAAAAUCGAAUUGCGCAUUGGGAAGGCAUCACCUCCCACCCUUGGGAAGUUUCCACUUCCAGCGAGACCUCCACCACCUUUGCUGACUUCUGACACAGCCCCCAUGUUCAUGACCGAGCUCCAAAACCAAGAGGUGCAGGACGGGUACCCAGUGAGCUUUGACUGCAUCGUCAUUGGCAAACCCCUGCCCACGGUUCGCUGGUUCAAGGAUGGCAAAGCCAUUGAGGAAAACGAUCACUACAUGAUCAACGAGGACCAGGAAGGGUGUCACCAGCUGAUCAUCACUGCCGUGGUGCCCACGGACAUGGGCGUCUACCGCUGCCUCGCUGAGAACAACAUGGGCGUGGCUUCAACCAAGGCUGAGCUCCGUGUGGACUUGACCAGCACGGACUAUGAGACAGCAGCAGAUGCAACAGAGACAUCAUCUUACUACAGUGCCAAGGAAUACAUUUCAAGCCGAGAACAGGAGGAAUCCACCACUGAGGAGGAGCAGUUGCCCCAGAUCUUUGAUGAGCUUCAUGAUAUUCAUGUGGCACCUGGAGCAUCGCUGGCUAAAUUUCACUUGAAGGUGAAAGGGUACCCUCAGCCUCGUCUCUAUUGGUUCAAAAAUGGGCAGCCCCUGAAGGCCUCGGAUCGAAUCCUCAAGACUGACAGGCAGGAAUUCCACUCCCUGGAAAUCCGCGACGUCACCAAAGCAGACGCCGGCCAGUACUUGAUAUUUGUCAUCAACUCUGCUGGCUCUGCCUACUCCUCAGCCAGGCUGGUAGUCAAAGAUCCUUAUGAGAAAGAAGAGCCAUCCAAAACAGAUUCCCAUGAGCAGCUGAUACCACCAAGAUUCCUUGAAAGGUUUACAAAUAAGAAGGUGAAAAAGGGUGCAAGCAUCACGUUAUCUGUGAAAGUUGAAGGACAUCCACCACCAACAAUCACUUGGAUGAAAGAAGAGUCUCGGGAAGACAUCCUGUGGAUCAAACCAGACACUCCUGGGUACAAGCUGGCCAGUUCCAACAUGCACCACAGCCUGAUCCUGUUGGAUGUCAAGAAGAAGUACAGUGGAGCUUACACCUGCAUUGCCACCAACAAGGCUGGCCAGUCCAUCUGCACUGCCAACCUGGAAGUUGCAGAUGUGAAAGAGGCUGAAGUCCUGACCCAGGAGCGUGUGAUGGUGUCAGAAGCCAUCAUGACCACACUGGGAACUAUUCAGUCCUCUGAAGGAGACCUUGAAGCUGGCAGAGAAGGUGUGCCCAAAAGCCCUAUUUCAUUAGCUGAUGUUGGCUCAGAAGAGUUCUUCCAGAAACUUACCUCACGCAUCUCAGAAAUGGUAUCUGCAAAAAUAACUCAGGCCAAACUUCGAGUACCCGGUGCAGAAAGUGAUGAUGAGUCAAGAACUCCCUCUGCAUCUCCUCGCCAUGGACGGUCCAGACCUUCAUCCAUUGCUCAGGAAUCCUCCUCUGAAUCUGAAGAUGGGGAUUCCAGAGGAGAGAUCUUUGAUGUCUACAUGGUCACUGCUGACUACGUGCCUGCGGCGCCGGACAAGGAGACCAUCACCCUGAAGGAAGGACAGUACGUGGAAGUCCUGGAUUCAGCUCAUCCUCUGAAAUGGCUGGUCAGGACUAAACCCACGAAAUCGAGUCCCUCUCGACAGGGUUGGGUGUCUCCAGCUUAUCUGGACAAGAAAUUAAAGUUGUCACCAGAGUGGGGAGCAACAGAAAUUCCAGAGUUUCCUGGAGAGUUUGUUUCUGAAGAUGAAUACAAAAGGAAGCUAAGUGUUCUCAUUCAGGAGCUGUUGAUCUCAGAGGAAGAUUACAUUCAGGAUUUACAGUUCCUCCAGACUCAUCACCUUAGGUACACUGAGACCUGUUCCAGUGUGCCAGGAGCUGUUGCCAGUCAGAAAUCCACCAUCUUCAGGAAUAUUGAUGACAUUGGUCGCUUCCAUUCCAGUGUGUUCCUGAGGAGCCUGCAGGGCUGUGACACUGAUGAUGACGUGGCCAUGUGCUUCAUCAAGCACGAAGCAGAGUUCAACAAGUACAUCCAGUACCUGGUGGGAAGGGUUCAGGCAGAGUCCAUUGUUGUCAGCAAAGCUGUCCAGGAUUUCUACAAGAGAUACACAGAUGAAUAUUUAACUAAUGAAGAUCCCUCACAGCCACUGAUCCCACCACUGCAGCACUACCUGGAAAAACCCAUAAACAGGAUCCAGCAGUACCAGACAAUAAUUAAGGAAUUAAUCCGAAACAAGGCCAGGAACAGCCAGAACUGCACUUUGCUGGAGCAGGCCUAUGCCAUUGUGUCUGCCCUCACCAGAAGGGCAGAGAACAACCUGCACGUCUCACUCAUUGAGAACUACCCAGGGACCUUGGAGAGCCUUGGGGAGCCCAUCCGCCAGGGCCACUUCAUUGUGUGGGAAGGAGCUCCAGGAGCUCGAAUGGCAUGGAAAGGACACAAAAGACAUGUUUUCCUCUUCAAAAAUUAUAUUGUGAUCUGCAAACCAAAGCGAGACACAAAGACAGACACCUACAGCUACAUCUUCAAGAACAUCAUGAAGCUGAACAACAUAGAUGUGAAUGACCUGGUGGAAGGGGAUGACCGGGCCUUUGAGAUCUGGCACGAGCGGGAGGACUUGGUGCGCAAGUACCUGCUGCAGGCGCGGACCGUGAACAUCAAGAACUCCUGGGUGAAGGAGAUCUUGGGCAUCCAGCAGAGGAUCAGCGAGCCCAUCUGGAUCCCUCCAGACUUUGAGGAAGAACUGGCAGACUGCACAGCUGAGCUGGGAGAGACAGUCAAGCUGGCCUGCAAGGUGACAGGAGCUCCCAAGCCAUCCAUCAGCUGGUACAAAGAUGGAAAGCCCGUGGAGGUGGAUCCCCACCACAUUAUAAUAGAGGAUCCUGAUGGUUCCUGCACACUGAUCUUGGACAACCUGACAGGGGCUGACACAGGACAGUACAUGUGCUUUGCUUCCAGUCCUGCUGGGAAUGCCAGCACCUUGGGAAAGAUCCUUGUUCAAGUUCCCCCACGGUUUGUGAACAAGGUCAGAAAUGCUUAUCUUGUCGAGGGUGAAGAUGUCCAGUUCACCUGCACUGUGGAAGGAGCACCCAGGCCUCAGAUCAGGUGGUACAAGGAUGGGGUGCUGCUGAAGGACACCAGUAAAUACCAGACUUUCAGUGAACCACGGAGUGGCAUUGCAGUCCUGGUGGUCAAGAACCCUUCCAAUGAAGACAUGGGGCACUAUGAGUGUGAGCUGAUGAACAGGUUAGGGUCUGCCAAGAGUGGAGCAGAGCUUUACCACCACAGCGCCGCAGCCCUGACCCAGGAGAGGAGAGGAGACCAAGCCAUCACCAUUGAAGGAAUGAGUUCCCCCCAGCCAGAGAUGGAGACUUCUGUGCAGGCGUCGCUGCAGCGCGCUGACAAGGAGAUCAAGACAGCCCUGAGAAAGCUGCUGGACUCGGCGUCACUGCUGGUGACUCUUCCCCCAGGCAUGAGAGCAGAGGGUGGCCUUGGCCUUGUCCCUCCUGGCUCUGCUCCCUCAGAGCCCUCUGUGGUGGUUCAUGAAGCCAGCACCCAAACCCAGACUGCUGGAGGCCAUGCCAAAGCUCAGAGGGAGGUUCCAGCUGAAGAACCAGGGGUGCCAAAGCCCAGCCCUGCUCCUUCCAGGGAAGAGGAGGCUGCUGCAGGGGAAAGCACUGGGGAGCGCACUGUUCCCAUCGACAGAACAUCCCCAGAUGCAGGGGCAGGAGGCUGGUACAGGAGAGAAGGAGACGUGGUCUGGGACGUGCACAGUGAAGUUUACAUUGAGACCACAGAAAGAACUCGAGUGUAUAAGACUGAGGAGAAGACUCCAACAAGUCCUCCCUACAUGCAAGUGACAAUAGAGGACGUGCAGGUGAACUCUGGGGAACGUGCCAAAUUCCAGGCAGUCAUUGAAGGAACCCCUCAGCCCACAGUUUUGUGGUUCAAGGGCACUUCACUGCUGACAGACAGCGACAGGGUCCAUCAGGGGAAGGAAGGAACAACAUAUUUCUUAAUUGUGGACAAUGCUGCCCUGGAAGAUGGUGGUGUUUAUACCUGUGUUGCCAGAAAUGCAGGAGGGGAGGUUUUGUGCAAAGCAGAGCUUGUCGUACGUGAAGCUAAGAAAGACCAGGAAGGAAAGAAAGUGGCCACCAGGAGAAAGCUCCACUCCCAUUAUGAGGUUAAGCAGGAGAUUGGGAGGGGCUGCUUCAGCUUCGUGAAACGGGUGGUGCACAAGGGGAACAGGGUGUCCUGUGCUGCCAAAUUCAUCCCUCUGCGGAGCAAAACCAAGUCUAGAGCUCAUCAAGAGAGGGAUAUUCUUGCCUCUCUGUCCCACGACAGAAUCACCAGGCUCUUGGAUGAGUUUGAAACACGAAAAACGCUGAUUUUGAUUCUGGAGUUAUGCUGCAAUGAAGAGCUCCUGGACCGUUUAUUCAAGAAGAGCGUGGUCACUGAAGCUGAGGUCAAACUGUACAUCAAGCAAAUUUUGGAAGGAAUCAAAUAUCUUCAUGACAACAACAUCCUUCAUUUGGACAUCAAGCCACUGAACAUCCUCAUGGUUUAUCCUGAGAGGGAAGACCUGAAGAUCUGUGACUUUGGGUUUGCCCAGAGGAUCACACCCGUGCAGCCCCAGUACAGCAAAUACGGCUCUCCAGAGUUUGUUGCCCCAGAAAUUGUUUCCCAGUCACCAGUGUCAAAAGCAACUGAUAUCUGGGCUGUCGGAGUCAUCACCUACUUAAGCCUCACGUGCAAGUCUCCAUUUGCUGGGGAGAACGACAGGAAAACUCUCCUAAAUAUCCAGAGCGGGGAAAUUUCAUGGACCAUUCCUGAUGUUGUUCACUUGAGUGAAGAUGCAAAGGACUUCAUGAAAGGGAUCCUGCAGCAGCAGCCCAAAUCCAGGCCAAGUGCUUUGGACUGUCUCUCCCACAAAUGGUUCAUGCACAACGUCCCUCUUGAAGCAGCUCAUUUCAUUAACACCAAACAGCUCAAAUUCAUUGUGGCUCGGAGCAAGUGGCAGCGCUCCCUGAUGUGCUACAAAUCCAUCCUGGUGAUGAGGUCCAUCCCAGAAAUCCUGGAAAGGACCCAUGACAACAGCUCCCUGGCCAUCUCCCGACACCUCAUUGAGGAAAGCACUUCAUCCAGCACCAGUGGCUCCUCUUCAGACAACGAGAACUCGAAUUUCCCCAAAAAGAGGCACUUUGGCUCCACCCCUGAACUUCACUUGCCCGUAUUUGAUGCCCCGAGCCACCCCGAGCCUCUGAAACGUGCAAGUGAAUGGGAGCACUCCAAAAGCUCCAUCCCACCAGUAAAACCCAUGAGGAGGAAAUAUGCUUCAAUGAAAGCUGAGGUGGGGGAUAAAUCACCCACAGAAAGCAAAGAGCUCAUGGCGAGUGUCUUACAGGAGAAAGAGGAGAGGCUCCUUCCCAGCCUUCGGGGAGAGCCAUCCCAAAAAAGUGGUGCUGCUGAGCCUUCAUCCCUGAGGGCUUCCACGGAAAGCACAUCGCUUGUGCAUCAGAAAGAAAAACCAGACACACCUUUAUCUGAACAGGACAGAGGUGGAGAGGCAGGGGACGGGGCAGAGAAGCCAUCUGCCUAUGUUCCCAGGCAGAGUGUCAUUAAAAGCACCUUCUACAGCCAAGCAACGGAGCUGCCGGCGAGGCCGCCUUCGUCACCAGGCAGGGAGUUCAGAAGGCACCUGGACAGAGCCAGGAGGACUUUCCGGAAGGCUGGGUAUUCAAAGGUGCCCCUCAGUGGCCUCCGUGAACCUCUCCUUGAGCAGUUUGAACUGGAAGAAGAAGAAGAAGGAGGAGGAGAUGAUCACAAAGAAGGUCUGCUGGGAUCCUUGACCAAAUCCGCAUCGUUUGACACGGCCAGGAAGCCCCCACACCCUGCCAUCGCUGGUGGCAGCCGCAGCCGCUCCCUGGAUGACUACAGGCUGAGAGCCUCCAGAUCCCUGAGGGAAGAAGAGAUUUUGGAGGAGGACUGUGAUGUGUUAUCCCAGGAAAGCUGCCCUGAAGGCAGCGAUCACUGCGACGUUUCCGCAGGGCCUGGCAAGGGAUGUUCUGCGGGCACGGCAGAGCAAGGGGACGCCAGGAAAGCCAGCAAGGAUUGCUCAGGAGAGAAACCCUCUGCCUCCACACACUGUGAGGGGAAUGGGUGCCCACCUGCCCUUGUACAACAGGUAGAGGGACUUCCAGUGUCACCUCACAGGAGUGAGAAUAGGAAGCGUUUACUGAAGAAGUCAAAAGCCACCGAGAUUGAGGAGGACGUUGAAUGUUUGGAGGGUAAAAGCCCCAUUCCAACUGCCCAGUGCUCAGAUGUAACAGCACCAUCAGCUCCAAAACACGAGAGCACAGAGGGUAAAUCUGCCUCUGGCCAUGCCUCGGACUCUGCUUUUCAGGAGGGCAAAGAGUUCAUUUCAACCCUCACACAGUCAGAAACCACCCCAAAGUCAUCCCCUCCAAGUGAGGGAGGUGUGUGUCUGCCUCAGGAAUCUGCUCCCACUGACACCCACCCAGAUCUAACAGGUGGAAGCUUGCUUGUCAAAAGGACAGCCCCAGCCCCACCUUGGAAAGACAAAAGGCAGAAACAUUCAGAUGAAAAGACUUCUGCUCAUGGCACUGCUGAAUCAGAACUCAUGGAGCAUGAAAGCUCUGCUGCUCCAACAGAACAAACAGAAACUGAAUCACUUCCAGUAUGUAAAGACAAAAGUGAGGAAGUUCCUGGGAAAAGUGUUCCAGCAGCUACUGUCAUGCUGGGCAAACAGCCAGGUACCCUCCCAGCUGGUGAAGGUGCUCCUCAGAAGCUGAAGACCCAUAAAGAUAUGAGAUCUGCUGUCCUGGAAGAAGCAGAAGCAGCUGUUACAGGAAUCACUGCACCAUCAGCCCACGGUGAUGAAAGCCAAGCACACAAGCAGACUCCUGUUCACUUAGACACAGCAGCAGCUGUCCUGAAGGGAGAGCAGCUCGCUGCUCCCAAAAUCCCACCACCAGGAUCAGUGCCAGCUCUGGCCUCUGAUGGAGCACAGCAGGCUCUCAGCAAGGAGAAACUUGCUGCUCCGAGGAGUAAAAGCUCAGCUGUCACAGGGGUUGUUUCCAGUUUGGCCCAUGAAGGAGCUGAACCCCAGAAGUUUCCUGAAGGCCAUGGCUCAGAGCCUGCUGGUCUGGAGAGCAGACACCCAGCCAGAGCUGAGUCCUCCCAAAGCACUGCCCUCCCUCAGGUCUGGGAGGGUGAAAACCAAGAACACACAGAGGUGUCAGUUCACAGGGAGAUGAGAUCUGUUGUGGCAGCAAGUGGAAGCCGAGCAGCUGGACAAGCUGUGGCUGCUCCUCUCCCCAAGGCUGGACAUGGGGUGCUUGAGCAGCACAGGGCUGGGAUUUUGGAUGGUCUGGAGAGUGGCAGUUCAGGUGCAUUAACUGCUUCACAACCAGAAAUUGCUCCAGCUUCAGCCUAUGAACUGAUAUAUGAGGAAUAUCCAGAGGGUUAUGGUGAGGGUGGAGGCACUGCCUUAGAAAGUGGAAGAUGUGAUGCUGGAAAAGCUGCCCCACCACUGCUCCGCAGGGAUCAUCAUGGCCAGGAGCUCUCACACCACAGAUCUUCUUUUUACAGUGACGAGGAGUCUGCUGUGCUGGAGGGCUUGGUGGAUGAGAUGGUUUCCCUCUCUGAGGAGAUGAAUGUUUGGGCAGAGUCAGUUUCUGGAGAGAAGGGAAGCAAGAGGCACAUUUCUCCUCACAGAGAGAUGUCCUACAAAGGCAGCCAAGCACACAUGGACACCUCCUUCCCUUCUGUCCAACAGGGUGGAAGAGGAGAACUCGCUGAGCAGGAUGACCUUGCAGAACCCUACCUUGCUGUGAGUGAGGAGCCAGGAGUCCUGGAAGAGCAGGGAGCACAGACAGUUCCUCAUGAAUGUGAGCACCUGGAGGACUUGGCAUUUGAGACCUCCCCUUCCAGCCCAGAGAGCCUUUCCUCCACAGAGAGCUUGGACACUCCAAGAAGACCCAUCCACGUGCCAGUGAUCAAGGACACUGGCAAACACCCAGAAGUUUCUCUGGUGAAAAUCAAAGACCUGUCAGAUGAAACACCCAGUCAUGGCAGCGGCCCCCAAAAAUUUGACAUCUCAGAAGUGGAGCCAGCCUAUUUGAAUUUCUCAGAUUUAUAUGACAUUGUUUAUUUCCCAUUUGAGUUUCUGAGCUAUAAGAAGCCUUCACCCAAACCAGUUCCUAGACGGUUCAUGUUUCUUGGUGAAAGGGCAAGGUCCCCUCCUGCAGGACAUCUCCAUAAGGAUAAAAGACUGUGUAUCAGGGAACAGGAAGACAAGAACAGGAAGAACCGUUUGGAAAUAUCCGAGGAUUCAAAGGCAGCUAACUUAUUAGCCACGAGGAAAGGGGCAGAGAGCCAUAAAGCAAUGUAUAGCUCCCAAAAGGACUCCAGUGGGAAGCAGAAAAGCUCCUUCCACAGCAAGCCUGGACUCUUUAAGCCAUAUGCAAGGUCUCAUUCAGUGGAGCAGUUGGUGGAGCAGAGUCUGAAGAAGAAAGUAAAAGCUUCUGUCGCUCACAUUUCAAGAAUCCUAAAAGGAAAAACAUCUCCUGAGCCAGAGGAAGCAGAGUUUGGUGAGCUGGGAAGUGAGGCUGCAGAAAAGGAGCUGUUAAUAGGGGCUGAAGGAUCUCUGAAGAGGAAAUCAGCACUCCCUUCAUUCAAGCUACCAAGCCUUAUCCCAAAGGAGAAAGCCCCGUCGUUCACGGAGGAGCUCACGGACCAGGCUGCGGCCGCCGGACAGUGCGUGACACUCUCGUGCCGGACUGCAGCUCACUCCUCCCUGCACAUCAGCUGGUUCAGAGAUGGGACACCUGUCCAGGGCAGCAGCCGGAUCCUCAUCUCCUCCACGCUCAAACACUUCCAGCUGUUAACCAUUCUCUCUGUUAAUGCUGAGGAUUUUGGUAUUUACACCUGCGUGGCCACAAACUCUCUGGGCUCAGCAUCCACCUCUUGUGUCAUAAGAAAAGCAGAAGUUCCCCCCAGCCCUCCACCCCCUGACAUCGUGGAAGUCUGCAAGGAUGGAGUGCAGGUGGUUUGGAAACCUGUGGAAACCAACACCCCUGUCCACUACACUGUCCAGUGCAAGACUGAAGAUGGGGAGUGGACAACUCUUGCUUCUGACAUCACUGACUGCUGCUACCAUGCCAGAAAUCUCCCCCAGGGCUUCACCUACAGCUUCAGGACAGCCUGCAGCAGCAAGGCAGGGAUGGGCCCCUACAGCCACCCCUCUGCCAAAGUGACAGUCACUGGCAAGGAUCAGAUGGAGCCUCGUGCUGCCACGCAGGAGUUCCCAUCAGCUGCCCCUGAAGAAGAGAGUGAAGUGAUCUCACCUCCUGAGCCCUUCCCAACCUACCAGACCUACGCCUUCCAAACUGAGAUCAAAAGGGGCCGAUUCAGCAUCGUCCGGCAGUGCCGGGAGAAGGUGACCGGCAAGACUUUGGCCGCUAAAAUCAUCCCUUACUGGCAAGAGGACAAGCAGGCUGUGCUGCUGGAGUACCAGGUGCUGAGGAAGCUCCACCACACCAACAUAGCCCAGCUGAAGGGUGCCUACGUCAGCCCCCGGCACCUGGUGCUGAUCCAGGAGAUGUGUGUGGGGCCAGAGCUGCUCCACUCCCUGGCGUUACGGACAUCAUACUCAGAGGUGGAGGUCCGAGACUACCUGUGGCAGAUCCUCAGUGCCACCGAGUACCUCCAUGCCCACAACAUCCUGCACCUGGACCUCAGGUCUGAGAAUAUGAUCAUCACUGAGCCCAACCUGCUGAAACUCCUGGAUUUUGGCAAUGCACAGUUCUACACACCAGACAAGUUUAUUACCAUGGACAAAUGCUCGGACUAUGUGGAGACCAUGGCUCCAGAACUGCUGACAGAGCAAGGAGCCCUUCCCCAGACUGAUAUUUGGUCUGUUGGAAUCACAGCCUUCAUCAUGUUGAGUGCCAACUACCCCAUCAGCUCGGAUGUACCCUGUGAGUUCCUGAGAACAGCCAGGAAGGGGAAGCUGAAGCUGGCGCGGUGCUACGCGGGUCUCUCCGGGGGAGCAGUGUCCUUCCUCCAGAGCACUCUGUGUGCAAACCCUUGGGGAAGGCCCUCAGCCUCCGAGUGCCUCCAGAGCCCCUGGCUCCAGGAGACAGGUCUGGACAACAGGCAGCAGGCACUGGUCACCUUCCCCACCACCAAACUGAGGAAUUUCCUCAUGGAACGGGAAAAGAAGAGAGGCCUGCUGUGCUCCAAGUAUGGCCUCAUGAUUGCACAGUGACAUGGAUGUGGUGACAGAUGGGAAUCUCCUCCCUGUGCCCUCCUGCACUGGGUGUUUGGUACCAAACCCUCCUGCCAAGCUGCUCUCUGCCCCACCCCACCGUGUUUUGUCCGUGUGUCCUUCCUGCCACGGGCUGUUUCUGUGUAUGUGUGACUUGUGGGGGGAAGUGGGACACUGGACAGUGAAGGCAGCAAACCCAACAGUGACCUUGUAACACGCAGAUUUUGUACCACUAAGAGACUUUGCCACUUUGAAGCUGAGCUGCUCUUCCCUGGGGAGCAGGGCCACAUCUACCUGGAGAUGUGGCAGCAGUGUCCCUGGCAAAGGCUGAGUGUUUUAAUUCUUUUUAAAAAUCCUGAAAUGUCACGUUCCUCUUUGACCUUGAAACCCUGCUUUCCUCUGCAAAGGAUGGUGUUGGCUGUGUCAUUGCUUUGUACUCAUAACUUCAGUGUUCCUUUGAGUUUCUCUGCAGUGAUUGAUGUAUCCCUCAAUUCCCCAUAUGAGCAGCAGUAAGAGGAGGCUUCCUCAGAGCUGUGUCUGGCUGUGUUUGGAGGAAGGUGAACAAGAAGAGGCUUUCUCAGAGCUGUGUCUGGCUGUGUUUAGAGGAAGGUGAACAAGAAAACAGUUCCUAAUACAUUACAGUUCAAUACUAAAAGUGAGGCUGUUUAUCCAGGGAUGCUCCUUCCCAGCAAGUUUAACCCAUAUUCUUCCAAACCUGAAAGAUGGAGCAUCAGGACUCCUUCCCUUGCUGAGCACACAGAGCAGGAAUUGUGACUGAGAGCAGAGGAGCUUUCCCUGUGCUGUGGAGAGCAGGCACCAACUCAAUAGACUGUAAAAUUUGGAAUGCUGAAGUGUGCUAGAGGAGAGAAACCCAAGGGCUUAGGGCCAGACUCCGUGCUCAGUUCUCUGGGAGGAGAGGAGAGUUACACAAGACAGACACUGCAAUGAGGGCUGCCCCCCAGGAAACCUUUCAGGACUCUGCAUCCUGUCCAAUUUAACUUCUCUCACAAAUCCAGUCAGGUUUUUGUUGGCACAGGCUGGUUCUUUGCUCUUGCUGGUGCACUUUGGGAUGGAAAGGUCAGUGCCAGGGAAAAGCCUACCUAAACAUAAAAAACUUAAUUAUAGAAUAACUCAUUUGGAGCUUUCAUGCUCUUCCAUGUAUGACUUUUCCCUUUUGCUUCUCACAAUUGCAUGCAUUUGAGCAUGUCUGAGCUCUUUUAUAGACUCAACACUGUUUGGUUAAAUAAACCAUUCUGAUGAGCAAAUAAAGCCAGAUUUUUUCUGCUGAAUCAUUGUUAUUACUUUUACAUCCCAACCCACAUCUGUGCAGCACACAUCCCUCACCCCUCAGCUCUGACCUGGGCUUUUUAUCUAUUAGCUGGGAACACUGUCUAUUAGCUGGGAACCACUUCCAUGCAGGACAUCCACAUGAAAAAUCCUUUUCCUAGAGCUCUGGAAGGAGGACAUCACCUGGUCAGGAUGGGAUGAUGGCUCUGAGCUGCCCAGCUACCCCAAGGAAUUCCUGGGCAUGGUUUGGAACUUGCAUUGACCAGAAUGUGAGAAGGGCUUCAGAUGGAUGACAAAAAAAUAGGUGAGAGCUGUAGCUGGAGCAUGGAAGGAGUGAAAAGGUGCUGGAAUUGUUAAAGGAAAUAUCAGCUGUCUCAGUCAAGCCUUACAGGUAGUUUUUUAUCUUGGUCCAGCCACAACUGCUUGAUAGUUUCUGCCUGAAUUUCCACCACCACCAUGAGGUCAGGGCUAAUGACCAGUCUGGCAGGCUGGGAUAGUUUGCCCUUAACAUGCAGUUACAACAUCAUCCUGCCCUUUCAAGGACAAAGCAGAAUCUGGAUCUGAUGUUUGGACACAUUCUUCAACCCCAAAUAAUCUCCAAAGUUCAAGGUUAGUGACAGCAUUAAAAUCAAUCCACUGUUCUCCACAAAGGAGAGACUUGGGUUUAACUUCUGUAAGCAAGUGUUGAGAGUCCUAAUUGUUGAAGGGUGAUAAAGCAAAGCAGAGCUUGUAGAGCAAAGUUUUAUCCUGCACUGAUUCAGCAGAUAAAAAAUAUGUUUGAGGGCUAUAAGAUCACAGUGGCUGUAGCCCAUAAGGGAUUGAGGUUUCUCUCUUUGGAGGCCUCAUCAGAUACAAGAAGGGAACCAUAAACAAGACAAAAUUUCCCCAAGGAAAUUCUUACAUCCCUGGAGAGGAUAUUUGCUGCUCUCUGACCUUUCAGGGAUUCACCACAAGCUGAUGCCAUCCUGCCAAUGAUACUUCAUGUGGAAAAUAAAUUAUCAGGUGCAGGGUGUGACCAGACAAGUCUAGGGACCAGUCAGUCACCUAUUUGCACCCAACCAGCCCUUUCCAUCCCCUUACAUCUCAUUUUUUCUCCCUAAAUCACCUAAAUCCUUCCUUUAUCCCCCUUUGGUUCCUCCCUCAAGCACAUUAUUAUCUAAAGUCCUGUGCAGUCCCAAAAUGCUCUUCCCCUACACGGCAUAGGCACCUCCCCUGCCUUGACACAAUCCCCCUUAUCCCAGGUGGUGAUCCAGAGAGCUGUUCCUGAUGACACAUCUCCAUGGGAGUCAUGCUGGGACCAUGGGGAUGAUGGUCUGUUGGGGGAGCCCUGGGACGAACCUCGAUAAACCCUUAUUCCUUGGAAGCCUUGAAUUUGAAUUCCCACCUGACAAUUCCACCCUGUGCUCCUCCUGGCCUUCAGUGGGCUCAUGGAC